UGACGUUCAUCCGCAAUAAACGCCAUUCAUCAGCAGCGGCUGUGGCUGUCAAGCAUCUGUCGCGCGAGUUCGCACUCAUUAAAGUGGCACGAGAAUGUCUUUGACAAGCCCGUGACCGAUUUCAGUGGAGGCAGUUGGCCGUCAGAGCCGUCGACAUGGCGUACUCGUUGACAGCCGUCGCUUGCCUGUUGAUCGCUGGUGCCGCCGGCUGGCGCGUUCCCCCCUCUCACAGACAGCAAAACCUGUUGCCAUGGGAGGAUACGAGAUGGGAGAUUGCCAACAAGAGCAUGCUGGGCCAAGUGGCCGGCGUUGCUGUCAACAGCCGGGGCCAGCUGUACGUCUUUCACCGGGGCCCAGUCGUCUGGGACGAAACGUCAUUCACAGCUGGCCAUGUUUAUCGACACCAGAACGCAGUCAUCAAGGAACCAACCAUUUGUGUGGUGGACCCACAGUCCGGUGCCCUGAUUCAUCACUGGGGCCAGAACAUGUUCUACAUGCCGCACAGCAUUCACGUUGAUGCCGAUGACCACGUGUGGACGACGGAUGUGGCAUUACAUCAGGUUUUCAGGUUCGGUUCUUCAGGACCUCCACUGGCAUUGGGUCAUGCUUUUGAACCGGGCAGCGGUCGAAACCACUUCUGCAAGCCGACAGGCGUUGCAUUGGGCCCGUCUGGACGUAUCUUUGUCAGCGACGGCUACUGCAACCACCGCAUUGCCGUAUUCAACCGAGAUGGAAACCACCUGGCCGACAUAGGGCUCCAAGAGCGCAUGCUGGUGCCACACGGUCUAGCCUACGUGCCCACCAUGAACGUGGUGUGCGUGGCGGACCGUGAGCGGCGCCGGGUGCUCUGCUACUGGGCGGGUGCACGAGGCCCUCGAGCGGGCCGUGACCUGGGCGACCUUGUGCUGGCCCUUGGGGAACACCUGCAGCGUGUGUAUGGCGUCGCUGCUAGAGGGCACACCCUGUAUGGCGUACAGUCCUUGGCCCCCAACCAGUCGUCGGCAUUCCAGCUAGAGCUUGAGCCAAGUGCCACACCUGAGCGCUUCACUCCAGAAUCUGUGCCAAUGGUGCAGCCACAUGCCAUCACACUCUCUCCUGACGGUCAGUCACUUUAUGUUGCUGAUCUGGACAGCCCGCGUAAGGUGUUCAAGUUCCGCCUCUGAACUCGCACGGACCAACUGCUGCACGUUAGUCAUUCAACAUCAGCCAGGGGCCAUCUCCAUUCCGACUGGACGUAAGGAGCCAUAGCCGCACAACUUUAACAUCUUGAAAACAGCGCAAAAACAACACGGACAAAAAAGAGAGA